CUGUAGAUAUUGUUAGAUCAUUAAUUGACAUAUAUAAAAAUGAAGAAUAUAUGCCUGAUGGAAGAAGUAGAUUAUCGAAUGGCAUUACGCAAGCUUUAAUAAAGGACGAUGAUGUAGACCCUGGUUCACAUGGAUUAUAUGAAAGUCGAUUAUUUUUAUCAAAAUAUCAACAAUACGUUGUAAAAAGAUUAAUUAAAUUAUCCGGUGGUUCAAAAGAGUUUGAAAGCCAUCUUGACAAAACAUUUGCUGAUAAAUCUUAUCAAAGUGGUUAUUAUAAUAUAGGAAAUGAACCCGAUUUUUUUCAUAUUUGCUUAUAUCAUUUUAUUGGAAAGCAAUAUAAAAGUGUUAAGGUUAUAAGAGAUAUUUUAAAAACUAAAUUUGGAAGUGGGCAGGAUGGAAUUCCAGAUAUGUUAUAA